CACAAACUGAAAAAUGUACAAAAUUUGGACCACUUCAUACGUCCAGUAGAUAAUGGACGAAAGGAUGAUGGCAAAAGGCAGCUUCUUACAGGGCUAUCAUCAACGACUGGUGUGGUCAAUACGCUUCCUAGCAACAUGACGAUUACAUUUCUGACCACAACACCACCAUCGUUCGUGAAUCAUUUUGAAAUUACAACAGAGAAUGGCUUUUCAAACGACGUGGACGAGGAAAGGAAAACCUUCAGCGAACACAUGGUAUCUGAUGAUAGCAGUAAAAAGGAAAGAAAAUACAUCAUACCGUUAGCUCUAAAGACUUCUUCGAAUGAAAAGGAAAAAACGUCGUCCAUAUUUCAUGGAUCGUCGACCAAUAUUGACGAUCUGAAGCGUCAUAUUUUGAUGCUACAAAAUCUGACUCAAUCCGAUAAGAACUUUCAGAGCAAGUUUGUGGUUUUCCCUUCAUUGCAAAAGAAUGGAUCCGAAUCAUCAACCAUCACAGCAGUAUCAUCUACAAGUGUCCCUACUCCAACCACAACUAAUCGAACUCCAUUCCAUCAAAUGCCAGUACUACAAAUUAGAGAAGAUCAAAGUGCGGUCAAAGUGUUUCCUGAAAGGUUCACACGGCUGCGUCCAACGAUAAAUAUGCCCAGGCAAAUCCUACCCAAUUCCAAAGACAUAUUGUCCGAUAAUAAAGAUGACAUGUUCAAAAUGGAAAAAAUUACAAUAGUCCCACAGGUUUUCUUACAAAAUGACCAAACUCCGGAUUCCACGACAGAUGAAGAGAAUAAUAACAAUAAUUACGGCCACAAUAAUGACAGAAAGAAAGAGAUCAAAGGAAACGACGAAGAGAGUAUCAAGAAUAAAAAACAGUCGCCGCCCGUCCAUCAUGAAAGCAGAGAAGGGACAGGAGACGAGAUAAGCAAUAAAUCUCCACUGUCGGCCACAAUACCACCGGCUCGAAAACUCGGACGCAGUAACAAAACCACAUUGGCGGCAUUGGCGUCUAGCACGGUUCAAACAGCCGCCAAAGAUGCUGAAUUUGAUAAUGCUCCUACACGUGGCUCCAACGAUGCACGAGGAAACGGCAAGAAGCGAAAUCGGAAAAAUAAAAAGCCAUCUGAACAACCAAUUAACUCCAAUCCGGUUCCAGAUAUUCAUGGUGUAACGAACCAAAGCUCAGGCAGCACAAACAAGACCAAAGCCGGCAGAAAAGGUGCUAAACGGCUUCAAAGACUCCAGCAGAAAGCAUUUAUGUUGCAACAAUUAACAUCCAGCUCAUCGACCGUUGCCUCCACGUCGACUGUGCCUCCUGCGUCAACUUCUACCAGCUUCAAUCGUAAACUUUCGCGUUUUCGCCGGGCUGAACGGCCAACAAACAAAGCCUUGCGAUCCCAGUUCGAGCAUACUUUUGCCAAAGAUAGUACAUUAGUUCCGAUAUACGGAUCAAUUAACGGAUCCAGCGUAAGUGCCAUGAGCGGAAUAGGUAAUAGUAUAAGUGUUAGAAAUACCACAGUUUUUGCAAUUGAUGGUAGUAACAAUGGAGGCAAUCACAGUGAGAAAGAUAUAAUCAACCUAAACCCAGACCUAUGUUACAAAAUCAGUGGUUUAAGUGGAGGACAGCAGAAGCUAUGUGCUCAGCAUACCAGUGUCAUGCCAGCCAUUAGCCGCGGUGCCAGGGCCGCUAUACAGGAAUGCAAGCACCAGUUCAAGCACCGAAGAUGGAAUUGCAGUACUACAGAGGACGACACCGUUUUUGGACCAGUUUCAAAUAUAG